AAACCUGCUGAAAGCAGCUGUAUCAACUUUUCCUGUGUUUUUAUACAGUAUUUUUGUUUAAUUAUGUUCAUUUACCGUGGUUAAAUAGUUAAUAACAAAAUGUCGAGCCGUCGUUCGUUGCUCGGAUCGGCUUUAGAUUCGUUGCCGGCUCCAACUGACCCAUUACGUGAAUUGUUUGAAGCUUGCAAAACAGGAGACGCAAAUCGAGUGAAAAAGUUGGUAAAUCCUCAAACUGUAAACGCAAGAGAUACUGCAGGACGCAAAUCUACUCCUCUUCACUUUGCCGCAGGUUAUGGCCGCCGUGAAGUGGUUGAGAUCCUUAUAGCGGGUGGUGCAGCACUUCAAGCUCGCGAUGAAGGUGGCUUGCAGCCAUUACACAAUGCAUGUUCCUUUGGUCAUGCUGAUGUGGUCAGGGCUUUACUGUCUGCAGGAGCUCCACCGGCAGCCAGGGACAAUUGGGGCUACACACCCUUACAUGAGGCUGCUGCUAAAGGGAAGGUUGAUGUCUGUAUAGCAUUGCUUCAACAUGGAGCUGAUCCCAACAUACGAAACACAGAAGGAAAGACACCACUCGACCUAUCAGAUUCUGUGGCGAGGCCUGUGCUCACAGGUGAAUACUGCGCCUCAGACGUGUUGGAAGCAGCCAGGUCAGGCGCUGAUGACCGUCUGGCGUCACUAUUGACCCCACUAAACGUGAACGUACAUGCCAGUGAUGGAAGGAGGUCCACUGCUUUGCAUUUGGCAGCCGGCUACAACAGGGCAAGGGCGGUGAGGCUGCUUCUCCAGAGAGGGGCAGAUGUUCACGCCAAGGAUAAAGGCGGUCUCGUGCCCCUUCACAACGCCUGUUCGUAUGGGCACUAUGAAGUGACGGAACUGUUGGUGCGAGCUGGUGCUGAUGUCAACGCGACUGAUCUCUGGGCAUUUACACCGUUGCAUGAGGCAGCCAGCAAGGCGAGGUUGGAGGUCUGCUCGCUACUUCUCAGCGAAGGUGCAGACCCUACAUUACUGAACUGUCAUGGAAAAUCAGCUCUUGAUGUUGCACCAACGAGAGAACUCCGAGAUAGACUUGCCUUUGAAUAUCGGGGCUACUGUUUAUUGGAAGCGUGCCGGUUAGCUGAACCAACAAGAGUGAAGAAACAUCUGUCAAUAACGAACUCACAGGACGUCCAAUCGAUGAGCGGUCAAUCGAUAGCGGGUUCGAUUCCAAAUGAAAGAAUAACUGAAUUGGUUAACUUUCAACACCUUAGUACAGGCGAUCGACCCCUUCACUGUGUGGCUGGUAGUGUUUAUCCGAAGCGAAAGCAGGUUAUAGAGACCCUUUUACGCAAAGGCGCGCGUGUCAAUGAGAAGAACAAUGCGGGACAAAGUGCCUUGCACAUAGCCACCGAACAUUCGCAUUUGGACGCCAUGGAUCUAUUGUUACGACAUGGUGCGAAGGUUAAUGCUUGCGAUGGUCGCGGAGAGAGUGCUUUGUCGUUGGCGGCGCGAAGAGAUUCGGCUGCCGCUUGUCGUUUACUGUUAGCAUGUGGGGCGGAUACCCUGGACUCGCAACAUACACAGCAUGAUGCAUGCUCAAACGCGGCCGCUCUUCGGCUUCUAGAAGCAGCUAGAACGGGUGACGUAGAAACUGCUAGAACUAUAUUGGAUUCUCGGCCGCGAUUGGUGAAUUGUCGUGAUGUUGAUGGCAGGCAUUCAACACCAUUGCAUUUUGCUGCUGGAUACAACAGACUGCCACUAGCACAGCUUCUUCUGCAGAGAGGUGCCGAUGUUCACGCUAAGGAUAAAGGCGGUCUAGUGCCUCUUCACAACGCCUGCUCGUACGGCCAUUUUGAAGUGACAGAACUGUUGGUGUCAGCUGGGGCUGGAGUCAACGCUGCUGACCUGUGGCGUUUCACACCCUUGCACGAGGCUUCGGCUAAGGGCAAGGCGGAUAUCGUCAGGCUGCUUUUGAAGCAUGGAGCUGACCCGACGCGUAGGAAUCGCGAUGGUUUAACACCACUCCAGUUGGUGCGAGCUGGUGAUAGUGAUACGGCUGAUGCAUUGAGGGGUGAUGCGGCGUUACUGGACGCGGCUAAGAGGGGAGACCUCGCUAGAGCUAGAAAACUAAUAACUGCACAAAACGUCAAUUGUCGUGACGCGCAUGGAAGGAAUUCUACACCUCUUCAUCUCGCAGCCGGCUACAACAACCUGGAAGUAGCAGAAGCCCUACUAGAAGCGGGGGCAGCUGUAUCAGCCAGGGACAAAGGAGGCCUAGUGCCCCUUCACAAUGCAGCGUCGUACGGGCAUUUAGAAGUCGCAGCGUUGUUACUUCGAGCCGGAACGCCCCCCAAUGCUGCCGAUCGGUGGGGCUUUACCCCCCUUCAUGAAGCUGCUCAUAAAGCCAGGACCCAAUUGUGCUCUUUGUUGCUCGCUCAUGGGGCGGAUCCCUUCCUGAAGAACCAAGAGGGUCAAACGGCCCUGGAACUGGCGGGGGCAGAUGACGUACGGUCUCUUCUGUCAGACGCAAUGACGGGAGCGGCUGGCGGUUCUCCCGAAUCUGAGGCCGUUUCCGUCCCCACUGCCUCGCUCUUACCCCCACCACAACUGCCGGUGCUCUUGCCCAGUGGGGAUACAGUGCCACUUCCGCUUCCGGUAAUGGCAAGCAAUUACUGGUCUGAGGGGUCAAGAGGAAGCUUGGAAGACGCAGCCGGUAGACCUGCAUCAGCCCUCUCCACUUCUGAAUCGCUUCAAACGUUUCUUACUAGCAUCGGCUUGGAGCAGCUGGCGACGGUGUUGGAAAGGGAACAGAUAACUGUGGACAUCCUCUCGGAGAUGUCUCAUGAAGAUCUCCGGGCGAUAGGCGUGGCUGCGUAUGGGCACAGGCACAGAUUGAUGAAGGCCGCCAGGCACAGCCUGCAAUCGCACUCCGAAUGGUACGGCGGUACAACUCUGGUAGAUGUUGCAUGUAGCGCCGGGGAAUGUGGUGAUAGUGAAUAUGUGAUAAUAGAGAGAGAGAUGCAGGCGUCGGUGCGAGCUCAUCGUGAUCACGCCGGUGGACACUUCACCAGAUACAACGUGGUCAGGAUACAAAAAAUUGUUAACGGCCGUCUAUGGGAGCGUUAUGCGCGUAGACGCAGCGAGGUGACUGAAGAGGCGGGAGGCGCGAGUGAACGAAUGCUGUUCCACGGGUCACCAUUCAUCAAUGCUAUCGUUCAGAAGGGAUUCGAUGAAAGACACGCUUAUAUUGGGGGAAUGUUUGGCGCUGGAAUAUACUUUGCCGAACAUUCGUCGAAGAGUAAUCAAUAUGUUUAUGGCUUUGGCGGUGGGUCCGGAUGUCCGGCCCACAAGGACCGGAGCUGCUACCUAUGUCAUCGACAAAUGCUCCUAUGUCGAGUAACAUUGGGGCGGGGCUUUCAGCUUGCCACAGCGAUGAAGAUGGCUCAUGCCCCUCCGGGGCAUCAUAGCGUUGCCGGCCGUCCUACCACCGGGGGUCUGUGCUACCCAGAGUACGUUGUUUAUAGAGGAGAACAGGCGUACCCCGAAUACCUUAUAACGUAUCAAAUAGUCUGCGAAGAGGAGCCACAAGGUGACGUGUAGUUGACAGCUUGACGUAAAAUGUCAGUAUUGUAGCUAAUGACAUGUGUCAGUUCCUUUAAUAUUGCCAGUGAAGAGCCGAUUAGCAUAAUUUGGUAGCGAAUUGUUCGUUAUGUAUUACGUAAAAGUAUUACGAACUAUAGAAAGUUGACAGAAAUGUCAAAUGUCAUUUAAAUCCUAAGCGUUGUACAAUUCUGUAAAUGUGACUUAUGAAAUUGUCAAAUUUUACUAAUAAAUUACAACUAAAAUUUCAGUCAAACUUUUAUUUGAAUAUUGAGAGAUGUCUUGCUUUUAUGUCUAUCCAAUGUCAGUAUUCUAAUAAAUUAAUGUCAAUGUCAAAUGAAAAAAAAAGUUUUUUUAUUAUGUAUUUUAAAACAAUUUUCAUUUAAAACCUAUCUUUUGUAAAAUUAUUAAACUUUUUCAUUUGAAUAUUGGAAGAUGUCUUCCAUUAGGGUUUAUUAAAUGUCAGUAUUCUAAUAAACCAAUAAAAGCAUAAAUAAUACAUGUCAAUUUAUAAAGGCUAAUGCCAUAUGUCAUUAGCCUUUAAUUCUACUAAUGACAUUCAAAUGCAGGAAAUUGUGUCGUUUUGUAUAAGGAAAGGAUCUCUGUAUUAUUAACACUGCUAGUAAAAAAACAAUCCAGUACGUCCAUCUAAUAAAUUUGACGUUUCAUGUCAACAUAAUGACAUAUGUCAGAAUGUGUUGUGUAAUAUUUGGGACUUAAUUUUAAUCCUUGGUCUAGCUCUAAGGUGUUUGAUUCGAAUCCCGCUGAUUUCUAUUUCAUAGUUUACGAAAUCCACCUAAUAGUUUCACAAUUUUGUGAAUAUAGUCUUUACAAAAAUGUUAAAACGAACACAGAACUGUGUCUGAAGCGAGUGUUGGAACGUGUAAAUAUUAUAAGCCAAUUAAAAGGUUGUUAUACUGUUCAUUAAAUAUAGGAAUCGUGUUCAAUUGAAUCUACAUUUGUAGAUUUUAUCGUAUCUAAGAUGUUUUUGUUCGAUAUCUUAUAUAUAGGGUGUAUUAAUAGUCCAAGCCAAAAUGUCGAUAGUUUUGAUUUACGCCUUGCGUUUCGUGAUUAAGAUAUUUCAUUAAAGAUAAAAUACUUUUUAAUGAAACAGUGGGCACCCACUGACAGGCUCGCAAAUGCGUUGCCGGCUUAAGACUCUUGAUCCUAAGUUCAAAAACACUUCAGAGGAUCUUAACGGCUUUGUCUACAGAAAUCUGAGGCUUAAGGUUGUAUCUCUGCACCAUGUUUUUAAAAUUCUUACAGUCUGGCUUGGACUAUGACGGCCUUUUAAAAAAUAGCCAAGUUUAUAUACAAUAAUGAUUUUUAUCUUUUACCAACUAUUUGCUAAAAAAUCUAUAGUUUUUGUUCACCAACACUGAUGAGUUACAGCCUUAUUAGUACAGGCUGUGAAUGACAAAUGAUUUAAAAAAUGCAGUUUUUUAUUAGUAGUAUUUUAUCGAAGUUUUGCGUUAUUUGCACCCUAUAUAUAUACCCAGCAGUAUAUACCCAGUAUAGAGUAUAUACUGUGUUUUAAAUUUACUUACGCCCUGUUUAAAUACGAGUCGUUGUUGCAACGGUCGUUUUAUUGUAGCUGCCUCGUGCGUUUAUCAUCUAAUAAAAAAUACAGACGACCUAUCAAAUAUAUAAAAAUCCAUAAAUAUCGGUUGAACCGUUCUGGAGGUGUGCUAUCACAAACACUAUCCUAUUUUACUGUUUCCUACGACUUGUGGCUUUUUGAUAUUAAACCACAUUUUAUGUUCGCAACAGAUAAUUUAAAAAAAUAAAAUCUUAAAUUGUAUUUUACGCGUACGUAUACGUCGCACGUAUACGUAGUACGUUCGUACGUAUGGUCGUUUAUUUUAGCUUUAGAGAGUGAUGAUGAUUAUUUUUGUUCGUUUAUGACCUGGCUUUAUAAUCUCUCUCUUUCAGCAACGAAGCAUCUAGAACGGACUAUCUAUUUCCAUCGGUUUCUGUCCGCACGAGUAUGCAUUUCAAGCGUUAAUCUCUUAGUAUGUCUUUUAAUGUGAAAUAGAAUAAUUUUGUCCUACAAUUUAGACUAAGCAGGCAUUCUAAGCUAUUGCUUAUUCAAUUUUAAGCUAUUGAGAAUGUUAUUUAUAAUACCGUAUAAUCGGGUGAAAUAAGUGUGGCGUAGAAUGUUUGAAUAGGUUUUUGAUAUUGUAUAUAUGUCGGAAUAGUUGUAAUAAAGUGAAUUUAUA